CUCAGCCCUUCACUCGUUCCAUCCAUUUUAUAUAUAUAAUUGUGUGUGUAUGUAUGUAUAUCGGUAAAAAGAGAGAGUAGCCAUGAUGGAUAAUGAUCUGUACGGCCUAGGCGGUUACUCGGAGCAAUCGUCAAUGGCGCCGCCGCAUGGCUUGGUUGCUCCGGCGGCGGAUGAUUACCUGUUGAGUAGUACUACUCUCGAAGCCGUUGCUGGUUUCGACGAUCACGAUAGGGUUCAUCAUGCUUUCGGAUCCGACUCUAUCUUUCCGGCUCCUCCGUCUUCGGCGGUAUCGGAUGCUGCCUCAAUGGCGACCUCCGACGACGUUUCAUGCGAAAUCAGAGCCAAAAUUGCCACUCACCCUCUCUACCCCAAGCUUCUAGAAGCUUACAUCGAUUGCCGAAAGGUGGGAGCGCCACCAGAAUUGGCAAGCUCGUUGGAUGAAAUCCGGCGAGAAAGUGAAGUCUCUGAUAAUAGAACCGCCGCUUCGACUUUUGUCGUUUCGGAUCCCGAGCUCGAUGACUUCAUGGAAAGUUACUGUGGUAUACUAGUGAAGUACAAAUCGGAUCUAUUAAGGCCAUUUGAUGAAGCAACGAGCUUCUUGAACGAGAUGCAAGCUCAACUCAACUCUCUCAGUUGCAGUACGACUACUACUACUUCAACCAGCUAUGUUUCAGAUGGAGAAGGUGGUGGUGGUUCAUCAGAGGAGGAGCAUGACCUUAGUGGAGGAGAAAUGGAGGGAGGGGAUACCCUACGGAUGAUCACACAAGAAGAUCGUGAGCUAAAGGACAAGCUGUUACGCAAGUACAGUGGUUAUAUCAGCACUCUCAAGCACGAGUUCUCUAAGAAGAAGAAGAAAGGAAAACUACCCAAACAAGCUCGCCAAAUCCUGCUUGACUGGUGGUCCUUGCACUACAGAUGGCCAUACCCAACGGAAACGGAUAAGAUUCAUUUGGCUGAGUUGACGGGGUUGGAUCAGAAGCAAAUCAACAACUGGUUCAUCAAUCAGAGGAAGCGCCAUUGGAAGCCUCCGGAGAACAUGCAAGUUGCCAUAAUGGAGGCUCAUUCUCUUUAUGGGUCAUCCAUAUGCCAUAAUCAAUAAUUAUUAAUUUUUUUUUAAUUGCAUCUACUGUAUAUUCUCAAACACUAGACGUUGUUUUCAUUUUUCCCUAAUUAUGCCCAAACCUUAUUUAAUUAUAUAUAUGUGUAAAUUUAUCUGGCUUUAAUAUUUUGCAUCAAUUAAGUUACAUGUUUGGUGUUCUACUAGCUA